CGAUACGGCGCGCACCAAUGGAGUUCAAAUGUCAGCAAGUUUGAGGAGGGGUGAGGCGCCGGGGGGUGUGUUCCUCCGCCGCGGCCCCUUCUCUAAACGGCGCGGCUCCUCGGGACGCCGCAUGGCACAUGGGCUGCGGAGCGCCGGGGAAGCCCCGCCGCCCCGCCCGGCCCCGCCGCGCCGCUCCGCCCGGCCCCGGCCCCGGCCCCGGGAGGGCCCUCCGCGGAGGGCGUGGGGCUCCGGCGCUCCCGGCGAGCAGGUGACAACGCGGGCUGCCCUGCGCCGUGUGCGGAGCAUGUGCGCGCCUGUGUAGCACGGGCUGCCCCCAUGGGCAGCGGCGCCGGCUCCUUCCUCUGCCCCCCGUCUCUGGAAGUUCAGGCAGGAAACGCUCCUCAUGUCUCCCAGAUAAAAAUAAAAGCGACUCCCUCAUCCCAGCAACAGAGUGUCCCAGAGCUCGGCCAGACGCGGGGCUGAGCCGGCCCCGCCGCCCGGCAGCCCGUCUCCCCCAGCCGCCCCGGAGCGCCGGGCAGCGCCGCCGCCUGCCCCAUGGAUAUUGCAACAGGUCCCGAGUCCUUGGAAAGGUGCUUUACGCGGGGCCAGUCGGACUGCUCAAAGAUGCUGGACGGUAUUAAAAUGGAAGAUCACCCUCUGCGCUCGGGUCCGGCCACGUUAGGAGUGUUACUGGGGUCAGACUGCCAGCACCAGGCCGUGUGCGAAGGCUGCCAGAGGCCCAUCUCGGAUCGGUUUCUGAUGAGGGUGAACGAGUCCUCCUGGCACGAAGAGUGUUUGCAGUGCGCGGUGUGUCAGCAAGCCCUCACCACCAGCUGCUACUUCCGGGACCGAAAGCUCUACUGCAAACAGGACUACCAACAGCUGUUUGCUGCCAAGUGCAGUGGCUGCAUGGAAAAGAUUGCCCCAACAGAAUUUGUGAUGAGAGCCCUGGAGUGUGUUUACCACUUAAGCUGCUUCUGCUGCUGCGUUUGUGAACGACAGCUGAGGAAAGGGGAUGAAUUUGUUCUGAAGGAAGGGCAGUUGCUCUGCAAAAGUGACUAUGAAAAAGAGAAAGACCUGUUGAGCUCUGUCAGCCCAGACGACUCAGACUCAGUUAAAAGUGAUGAUGAAGAUGGAGAUGUUAAACCCACCAAAGGACAAGUAACCCAAGGAAAAGGAAGUGACGAUGGGAAAGACCCAAGGAGACCUAAACGACCAAGGACAAUACUUACUACACAACAGAGACGAGCAUUCAAAGCAUCCUUUGAAGUGUCUUCCAAGCCCUGUAGGAAGGUCAGAGAAACACUAGCAGCUGAAACAGGACUCAGUGUGCGAGUUGUCCAGGUCUGGUUUCAAAACCAAAGAGCAAAGAUGAAAAAGCUAGCACGAAGGCAUCAGCAGCAGCAGGAGCAACAAAACUCCCAGCGACUAGGGCAAGAAGUAAUGUCUAAUCGAAUGGAAGGGAUGAUGACAUCUUACACACCACUUGCACCGCCACAGCAGCAGAUUGUAGCAAUGGAUCAAAGCAGUUAUGGCACAGACCCAUUUCAGCAGGGUCUUACCCCUCCACAAAUGCCAGGCGACCACAUGAAUCCUUAUGGAAACGACUCAAUUUUUCAUGAUAUCGACAGUGAUACCUCUUUAACUAGCUUGAGCGACUGUUUUCUUGCCUCUUCUGAAGUUAACUCCAUGCAGGCUAGAGUAGGAAACCCCAUUGACAGGCUGUACUCUAUGCAGAGCUCAUAUUUCGCCUCAUGAAAAUAAAAGAAAACAAACAGCCGGCGUAUGUUUAGCCAGUGACUUUUUCCAGUGCAGACUCUACAGCCAUAUGUUGCCCAGCUCUUCCUUCACAGUGACUCCUGCCGCCUCUGGACUGCAAAGAGCAUUUUUAGGAAGACUGUAUCUGUGUGCAUAUAUGUAUGUAUGUAUAUAUAUAUGAAUACCUACCUAGUUACAUACAUACAUAUAUAAACAAAACACAUCCACUGGUCCCAUACCCUUGAUUCCCAACUUGCACCAGAUCAAGAGAGAAGCGUGGAAGGAACAGAAGACCCUGCUCUUCACCAGCCUUUUUUUUUUUUUUUUUUUUUUUUUUUGAGCUCAUCGAUAUAAAGGAAAUGGAUUUUGCAGAAAGCUAGACCUUUUCCUCCUUUCUCUCUCCCUUUCUUUUGGAUGUUUAAUUAUUUUUUUUUAAGCCACUGAUACUGACAUCAGUCAACCACAUGAAAAAUAAAUCAAAGAAACUGGAGAUUCCUCCCUUUUCUUACUGCAUGAUUCAUACUAUGUUGUGGAUAAAUUGCCAUUUGAACUGUGAGAAGUUAAUGUAAAUGUGACGUUCAACAUUUGUUUCCUUUCUACAUUUUUUUACAUAAUCUAGAUCUGCUGAUUAGUUUAUAGCCCUUAUACAUAUGAUACUGAGGAAACUGGUUAACAGUUAUAUUUAUGGAGAAAGCCAGUGAUUUUGUAAUAAGAAAGGUCUAUGACCCUGGAGAGGAGAUGCAUGUUAGGGACAGAGGCAUUUAGAUUAGUAUUGAUCUUUAUUAAUUAAAACUAAAGGUGCUUACAAGACAGAGUUUUAUUUAUUAUUAUUUUUUUUUUUUUUUUUUUGGAGUGUGAGAAUAAAACAUUUACUUUUGUUUUUAAGUAUUCCAGUGCCAAAUUCCAAGUCUAGGCUAUGAUUGGCAAACAUGUUGUUCAUUCUGUUCUGUUUAUUUCUGUUUUGCAUGAGGCAUAAAUGUGCUAUUUGCCAUUGUCCAUCUGGAACAAUUAAGCACUCCUUUAGUUAAUUAUCUUGCUUCAGCAAGAAUCUAUGUUAUACAGUUCUAGCCUGAACCAUCAGAAGUCCUGAAAUGUGCACCAGCUAGGAAGAAGAAAAAAAAAAAGUAGGAGAGAAGUCACAAUGGGAGGUUUAGAUAUACUGAGCUGAAAUCUAAACAGAAAUACUGCAAGUUUCAUGCUGAUUUACUGUAUUUACAGUAAAUACUCCUAUUAACCUUUUAGGGGUGCAAAUGGAAGAACAAGAAAUGCAUAAAUUGAAGGAAAUGUCCCAGAUGAAGUUUGAUCAUCUCAGAUGCUAAGUUUGAGCAUAUGUCAUAUAGGUUUUCAUAGGGCAUAAAAUGUUAUAAAUAAUAAUAGCAUAGUUAUAAAUAUUGCCUGGUGAUAAUUAUAAUGUGGAGAGGCAGACAAGUACAGUCAUGGUUCCUAGUGGAGAAAACUUCAUGGGGAAAAUUUGCCAGGGUAAUAUCAGUAAUUAUAGGGUGUGUUCAAAAUAGAGCUCAUGGGGAAAGAUUGGCAGGAUAGGCCCUUUCUGAAAUAAAUACCUUUACUAUAUUGACCAUAAUAUCCAAAACCAAGCCAAAGUGUUGGUUAAUCUGAUUCCUUUGGAUGAGGACUGGCAGCAGCUCAGAGCAGCAGCCUCCUGGGAAGGCACAGAGCAUUCCAUUUGCAGGAGUGCAGACACUCCCUGGGACUCUGACCCUGGCCAAGGGGCGCAAUUCCUAUGUGGGGAGGGAAGGAGUGCCCACUGCACCCAGCCCCAGAGCUCCUCUGCCCACAGAGCUUGGUUCUGCUGGGCAGCCAUGUGUCUCUUUGCUCAAGCAGCAGGGCUCGCCCUGCACCCCGGAGGGAGUGAUGGCAUGGGUAGGUGGUAGGUCCAAGGGAACAGGUAAGAUCAUGUUCUUCUCCAACAUGAAGAUGCAGACUGAGAGCGUAAGAGGUUUAGUAAGAAAGCAAAUUUCUGUCUUUGAGAUAAGCCCAUGCAUCUCCACACUGUGAUGAGGUAAGCACUAUGGGGGAAGACUACAUGCAUACACUGCAGCAGAGCUAAGCACAGACCUGGAGGUAAACCCCUCCUGCUGUAGAGCAGUGGCCAACUAACCACCUGCCUUAUACAGGGCCCUUAAUGUGUGAAGGAACCAACAACCCUGUGCAGGGUGAUGCUCCCCUUCCUGUAGGUGCCUAUUUCAUCUCUCCAAUGUGUCUGCCAUGCCCAGGGAGGGGGGGGGGGGUCUGUUACUUUUGCUAGUAACCAUUCUCUCACUUUCUUGUAGGGAUGUGUUUUUUUAGUUGAAGGUUGUGAGCCCCUGCAUAUGUUUUGAAAUGGGAAGAAUUUUCUUUUUGCAGCCAUUCUUCCCUUUCUUUGCGUGUCAAGAUAACAAUUUCCUUUUUCUCUUCAUGUUAGCAAACAUAAAGAACUCAGGUGAGCUAUACUGCUUGCAGGGCAGAAGGCAAGCACUUUUCAUUAUAAACAUUUAUAACCACCAAUCUCAAUUAAUUCAUGAUAUUUUCCUGCCCAUCCUCCUCCUGUGCACCUUCAGAGUCAGGGAAAAGUGCGUUCACCAUCUCAAAUGUACUGGGUUUAUAGACUAGACAUAAAUCUUGCUUUGUCCCUCAUUCCUGGAAGGACCAAAAUGGCAUUUAUUGUAUACAGAGACUUAAGUGAUAACUAUAAUGUGUCCUACAGUUUGGAGAAUUGUCUUGUCCCAACUCUACCUCUGCUUCUGGGCUGGUUGUUGAAAAUACAAUCAAUUUCCAAGGUAAAGAAUCCAAUAUCCCGUUUGAUAGCUGAAGUAACCAUAAUAUUUUGCUGUUCUUUAGAUGGUUGUUUGCUACCUUAUCUUUUUCUUUCAUUGCAAUGUACCUGUACAUACCAUCUCCUUUUCCCUUGGUGUGUUGUAUGAUGAUGCCUUAGCUGUUUGUUCCCCCAUAUUCUACCACCUCUGGUGCCACAGGCACUACACAGUCAAGCCAUCUGGCAUGCAUAAUGCUUCCCUUGCCACUGUGGAUUGCUGCUGGUCAAGGGAAGGAAUGCAUGGUCAGUGAUUUCCAGCAGACCCAUUAAAUCUGGCAAAGGCCAAAGUUCAUUAAAGCAAAAUAAAUGUCACUUUUUUGUGGAAUGAAUUAUCCUACUGGAGUGUGAUCAUUGUGGUUUUAACCUGGGACCUGCAGUAAAAGAUUAUAUAGCAA